UCAAGAUGGAGACGGAGCGACUUGGGAGCUUAGCUAGCUAGCUGUUUACUAAAAUCACAAUAUGGCAAACGCGACGCAAUACCUGACGUUUUAGCGCUAUUUGUAACUGUUAUUACCCAAGAUAAGACGUGUAUGCAUCCGCUUUUGGCCGCCAUGACGAUGACUUGUUUGUAAACACAGACCACCUAAAGGAUAUAGAAGAGAAGUGGUCGCCAGAAAAAACUGUCAAUGGUAAUCAUCACAAACUCAUUUUAAGAGAGGAGAUCGAUAUGGCGCUGAGGGAGUUAAAAGUUUGUCUCCUCGGGGAUACUGGUGUUGGGAAGUCAAGUAUUGUUUGGAGAUUUGUGGAGGACAGCUUCGAUCCAAACAUCAACCCAACAAUUGGGGCAUCCUUCAUGACCAAGACAGUGCAAUACCAAAAUGAAUUACACAAGUUCCUUAUCUGGGACACGGCAGGACAGGAGCGGUUUCGAGCUCUGGCACCGAUGUACUACCGCGGUUCAGCAGCAGCGAUCAUUGUUUAUGACAUCACAAAGGAGGAAUCCUUCCAAACAUUGAAGAACUGGGUGAAGGAGCUACGCCAGCAUGGGCCUCCUAAUAUAGUGGUUGCCAUUGCUGGCAACAAAUGUGACUUGUCAGAUGCCAGAGAGGUCCAAGAAAAGGAUGCCAAGGACUAUGCUGACUCUAUCCAUGCCAUCUUUGUAGAAACCAGUGCCAAGAAUGCCAUUAACAUCAACGAGGUCUUUAUAGAGAUAAGUAAACGUAUCCCAGUGGCAGACGGAGCAGGAAAUUCAGGAAAAGGUUUCAAAGUGGGACGUCAGGCGUCAGAGUCUCGCAGGGUGUGCUGCUGAUGAUGGCGACUGUCCCCACACGACGUUUGACCUGACCUUCGCUGACUCCUUGGUCUGGUUACAUUUGCAGCUCUACACACUCCCAAACACUCGGAUAUUAAAGUAUCACUCCGACAAUUGUAGCAAAUGCAUUUAUAUACUACUCAGCAACAAUAAAUCAUCUAAAGAUUGCUCACAGCAGAAUUAGUUUAUUGGACAUAGAUACUUUAUGUUCACGUCUCUGUGAAAUAGCCCAAUGCUGUACAUGCAAUUUCUCUGGCUUCUGUACAGGACUGGUAUGUAAUAACCUUGGUCAUAGGAACUUUAGGGCUACAAAUUCAUAGGAAGAAGAAGGGUUAUACUCGUAUAGUAGUAUAAAUCUAGUGAAAGUGCUUAAACCAAAUUAUUUACAUAUUACUACAUAUAAGUUAUUUUCUUUUUUGGAGCAUUUCUCUACAAAUGUCCUGAUUCUUUGAAGGAUCUUUAUGGUCAGUUUGUAUAAUGAAUAAGAUUUUGAACAAAAAAGGACACUUUCAUCAGUGUCUCUUAAAAUUUAUUUUUUUGUGUUUUUGCUUGAAGCCAUUUGUUGGUCGACAAUUUAAACUCAUGAAGGAUAAUAAGAACUGAGUAUUAUUGUGUUUUCCGGUUAAAACACUAAAUUGGUGUUUUGAUAUAAAACACAAUCGUGAAAGGCUUGCGGAAGCCUGUCUCCCUUUACAAAGGGAAUAGUCCAGCGUCUGGGGAAAUGCUGUACGUUUAAGUGUGUGCUUGCCAAGAGUUUGAAGAAACACUUGGUACCUCUUUCACAUCUGUACAGUGAAUAUGUAGCUGGAGCCAAAAGCCUUUUUUAUAGUAGCAUAAUGCAUGCAUGUGUUUUUAUGCUAAGAUAGUCUAACCAGUUAUUCACUCUUGGGGGUUUGAUCUUCUCAACUAACUGUCCACCAGAAUACAACUAAGGAUAUUUGCCUGAACUGCAGGACAUUUUUUUAUUGUCACUUGUCCUAAAUUAUAAGAGUGAACAUAGAAUUACUCGUAAAUCUUAUCUGUGUGAUGGGAUUAACUCGACAAGCUACAUCUCUCAUGCUUUAAUCAGGCCUGAAAAUGCCUGUGUCCGCCGACUGUCUCAGACUUGAAGGUGAUUAAAUGAUAAGAGUUCCAGCUGCUUGGAUUUGUCCCACAUUUCCAUUUGUAAUUGCUGAAGAACUAUAAACACAACCUUGUUAAACAUCUAAUACUGCACUGCGGAUCCUGACAUUUUCUUCCCCAAAUUGUACUUGAGCUUUAUUUAUCUCUACUUUCAUUUUAACUGUUCGCUGGUGAGUCUCUCUGUCUUCGAUUCUGUGCUGCUACUUAACAACUGUUUACAGCGGGGGGCUGAUUUUUGUGUGUGUGUAGUGGGUGUUUUGCCAAAUUCUUUGACUCUCCCAUAAGCCUUUUACAUCCAGUUUUUCCGUAAUUGGCACCAAAUCACAUUUCCAAAGUUGUUUUACUACCUGGCCAUCGAUGAAAAUGCUCAUUUGGAAAUGAGAUAGCAAUUGGAAGAAACUCUGAAAGGGCACAUUUAAAUCCUAAUUAUCCCCUCAGCAGAAGCUUGUAGCUGGAGAAACUGACGUGGCACUGUCAACAGUCUGACCCUUUAACGAACCUUAGUCGUCAUUCUGCUUUGAAUUAGUGCAUUUGCUCUGUUACAAUACUUUUUUUCCUGCCACUUCUUUAUGUUGUUUUCUACUCUUAUUGCAAAGGCAUUUUUUUAUUAUGGUGUAUUUGGUGCAAAUAACAAUUUUCACAAACCUCUACCAUUCCCUAAUAUGCAAAAAUAAUUCUGUGCUCUUAUGCUAUAUUAGUGUGGUUUCAUUUACCUCUGGCUUUAUUGAACGUCAGUGGCAUGAUGACCCAUGAGCCCCUUUAGCCUUAUUUUUUUCUCUGUUGCCAAUAAAUACAGAUGUGAGCUGAUGUGAAUCAUAUUACAUUCCCUUAGUUAUAAAUAUAAUGUGUAAUUUUUUUGUCAGCACAAGCAAGCCAGCAACUUCAUAUGCCUUUAAGCAUGUUAGACGUAGCUGUUAUUGUUGAGCUGUGUGCUGUCUUCUCGUCAAAGAGUUUUCCUAUGGAGUGCAAUAGUUGUUCUUACAACAAAAGUAAAAUGUGACCCAAUCAAAGGAGUCAGUUACAGAGUAUAGCACAUACUUGUGCAAACCAUGUGAUUUCUUUUUCCUCUAGUCUCCAGCAGAUGAUCAUUUGUAUUGAUAUUAUUUUACACAUAUUAGCUGAUGGUGCAUAGCUCAAAUACAAAAUACAUACAUUGAUCAAAUGAUGAUGGGGCCAACCAAAUAUUUUAAAAAAAACACAGUUGUGUGCUAGGUCUGAACUUUUUGAAUUCCCUCUGCUGUCUUUGAUAAUUCACAAAGCAUUACAUCAUUAUGCUAACUCCCUUUAGUCUCUGCUAAAUCUUCAACAGUUGUAUUAAACAGGGAAUCGCUCUAGUACAUACAAAUCUUCACAUUUGAUUUACUGUUUCCAUUAAUUGGCUUCUAUUACUAACCACCAGUCUCUCUGCAGUCUGUUAAUACGUCUGUUAAAUUGUUUGAUUAAACAUUUUCUUGAAAGUCUCAGACUUUCUUAAUGUCCCAUGAUGUUGUUUUAGGCUUUGAGUGUUUGCUCGGUUCUUACUGCUACAAAGAACAUGAUGCCAAAUGUUGUCAAAGCCGUUUUACUAUACACCAUGCAUAAUUAAUCGUUUUUUAUUGUUGAUGUAGUAUAAUGAUUUAAAGUACUAAUCACAUAAAAUGCUUAAAUAUAUUUGAAGUUUAACAAUGGUGACACAUGUUUUCUCUUAUUUGGAUACAGGAGGCAUGAAUACUGUGUGUCAGUUUUGCAUUGAUAAACAAUAAUAGUCUUGGGCUGGCCCUGGGAAUGUGAUAAAUCAGUUUGUGUAGAAUUUUCAAAGUAGAUUUAUACCAUCCAAUUGCACACAAACCAAUGACCAUGUUCUACAUUCUACGCCAACAUUGUGACCACAAUAGACUUGUGCACCAUUUGCAGUAAUACCAUCAGCACUGUAGUUACCAUAUUUAGCUUUUUACUACAGUUCAUGUUGAUUGUAACAAAAUGGCUGAAAACACUUGUUUGCAGUGUUUCGAAAAGGGAAUUGUUCAUUGUUUAUGAAUAAAAUAUUGACAAAAAUC